AUGUCGGAUGCCACAAGAUCCACUAUUCCAGAUGGGGAGCAAGCCGACUUCAUAGCCCUCAUUGACAGAAUCUUUGCAGUAUUUUGGCUUUGGCUCCACCAACCUCUGCAAUCUAAUGCCCAGCAGCGAGCCCACUUACCCCUGAGUCUGCAGGGGAAAAUCCAACGCAACACACUGGUUCCUGUCCAAGACCGGGCCUCAUAUCAAGGACAAGAGCUUCACCACAAGGGCACCCCCUGGCCUGCGACUGGUCCUGCUGGCCUGCUGCAGGGCCUUGAUCCCAGGAGAAAGGAGAGGAAGCGUGGCCGGUCAUUUUUAAAAGCUCCGUCAUGGUUGCGGAACAAGCAGCGCACUCCAUCAUGGCGGGAUACCCUACCCGGCCCAAAGCAAGACCGCAACACAAGUCUGAGUAUGCCUCCUUGA